CUACGCGCUGCCUCACCCGCUGUUGGCGGGCAGCGAAGCGAGUUCCGGCCUCUGCGUUUUACUCUGUAGCGUCGCGCGGAGUUCCGCCCUGAUGGGGUUUUGUUCAGACAGCGCUGCUGUGGUGCGCGAGCAGUGCUGCGGCCGUGUCAGCCCUGAUAGCGCCUAUCGGCAGCAUGCGGCUCCUGCGCUCAUCUUGGCUGAAUUGAUAGGAAUAACGAAAUGUCUUUUUACUUUCUGCCAGAACUGCAUCCGCUUUUUUUCCUUAAAGCAGUAAGAUGGUUAAGAAAAGUAACUACAGCCUGGAGUGCUGAGCCCAGAAGGGCUCUCGUGCUUCACGGAUCUGGAGGAGGCGAGGAAAUGCUGGUUGUUUCAUUUUAAUUACACCGAGGGGUUCCUAACUAAGCGCGGGAGGAUGAUCCCCUGCUGUGGGGAUGCAGUUUUAGGAUGGUGUGAGAAUUGCAGUCAAGUACGAACAGUACAAUCUUAAUGGAAGCAAUUAAACGUCUGUGAAAUUAAGAAUCAAGCUGGGGCCUAUUCUGAAAUCUACUUUGUUCUGAUUUGGAGCUAUAGAUAUUUAUAUGUUUAUAACUGAUGUCCCUUCAGCAGUCCAGUCACACAACUAUCAAUAUUUACUAAAGCUCACUUCACUUAUGUACCUUAUGAAUGUUUAGAUGUAUCUUAGCUGUUAGAAGGGUAGUUACUUUCUACCAGUUUCGAGACAGGAUAGUAAAAACAUUUAUCACAACUUGUGUUGCUUUGUUCCACAGAACAGGGAAGGAGCUUAAUAUAUCCAUAGUUUCCCCCCAGAAGGAUAUUUUGCUGUGUUUCCAGAACGUGUAUGGCGUUGGAUUUGAACAAGAGUAGAAGUAGAGUGAACUUAUUUCUUUGAGUAAGAAGCAAUAAUGCAACGAAGGCAGGGAAGAGUCAAUGCUGGACUGCUUUUGCUGCUUUACCAGAUUUCUCAGGUUGGACUUCAGAACAUUCCUUCUGUUACCCUCGCAGUGCUCGUGCUGAAUGUUUUUUUCUUCCUGAAUCCCGUGAGGCCGCUGCAUGAGGCGUGCAUCAGUGUGAGGGAAGCUUUCUACAAACAGAACUGGCAGCGUUUACUGCUUUCACCUGUCCACCAUGUUGAUGACUGGCAUUUAUAUUAUAACAUGAUUUCCAUGCUUUGGAAGGGAAUAAUGUUGGAAAGGAGACUUGGAAGUGUGUGGUUUGCGUACAUAAUUGCAGUAUUCUCAGUGCUGACUGGAAUUGUUUAUGUGCUGCUGGAACUCGUGCUUGUGAAGAUUCUGAAUGAUCCUUCGUAUGAAAUGAGUUGUGCUGUAGGCUUCUCGGGAGUCUUGUUUGCUUUGAAAGUUCUUAACAACCAUUACAACCCAGGAAGAGUUAGCAGCGUCCUUGGAUUGCAGAUAUCCAGCAAGUAUGCUUGUUGGGUGGAGCUGGUGGCAAUUCAUUUCAUUUCCCCAGGGACUUCUUUUGCUGGUCAUCUGGCAGGGAUUCUUGUUGGACUGAUGUACACAAUGGGUCCUCUGAAAAAGAUCAUGAAAGCGUGUGCAGGUGGCCUUUCUUCAUUCACAGACCCUGAUAGGCCAAGGAACUACUACUCGGGUUAUUCAGAGUAUUACAGAUAUCCAGAUGAUCAAUACAGAACACCAAGGAAUUAUCAUGACUAUACAGGCGGGCUCACUGAAGAAGAACAGCUUGAAAGGGCAGUGCUAAACAGUCUGAAUGAAAGAGGUUUUGGUGGAGCAACAUACAAUAAUGAGCGGCGACCCUACGGCUUUUGGUUCCCCCCUGAGCAGCAUUCAGAAGAGGAAAUGCGAAGGCAAAGGCUUCGUAGGUUUUGGAGACAAUGACAGGGGUAGGCGUUGAUGUGAACUGUAAAGUGAGAUUCAGAAUUCACAAAAUAUUUGCAAAUUUAUUUAUUUGGGUUUCUUCAUUUUCUUUUUUAACUACUAUUUGCAAAACUGCAGAAGAUUUUGUGAGCUUAGACUCAAAAAUUGGAUAAAAAUGAGUUGGGAAUCAAAAUGUGAUCUUUGUCAUUCCAUUUUGAUGCAUCUUAAAGAUGAAAGAGAACUGUUUUUUACCAAGCUUUUUUUCCCUGAAGUUCUGUGUAGCCAGGCUCUUUGACUGCUGGUAUUCUCAGACAACAGGUUUUCUUCAUCCAUCACAGAG